CGGGGGGGGGGGGGUAUAUGUGUGUAUGUCUGAAAAUAACUGGAUGCAAAAAUUAGAAUUGUUUUGAAUAUUAAAUAUUAUGGGUCUACUGUAUAACCCAGGGGUCCCCAAACUAAAGGCCCGGGGGCCGGAUGCGGCCCAUCGAAGCCAUUUAUCCGGCCCCCACGGGACAAGGGCAGAAGGGGGUUGGACUAAAUGGCCCAAGGGGUCUCUUCCAACCCUCUUUAUUAUUAUUAUUAUUAUUAUUAUUAUUAUUAUUAUUAUUAUUAUUAUUGAGGCUGGGUGGCCAUCUGUCAGGGGUGCUUUGCUUGUGCUUUCGCUGCACAAAAGCAGAAGGGGAUUGGAAUCAAUGGCCCAAAGGGUCUCUUCCAACCCUCUUUUUUAUUGUUGUUGUUGUUUUGUUAUUAUUAUUACUAUAGUCCAGCCCUCCAACGGUCCAAAGGAUUGUGAACUGGCCCCCUGUUUAAAAAGUUUGGGGACCCCUAGUAUAACCAAUGGUGUAUAUUUUAAAAUAUUAAACAAAAGAACGAUAUCAAUGUCUUCUGGGGAUGGAGGGGGAAAGAGAAGCCUUGCCCUUGUUAUAGCGAUUGCAUCCAUCUCUUUAACCCAAACCCUCUUAUUAGACACACGGUCUCAAGUUCUGGAAGAUCCAAAUGUCCUCUGAGACAGAAACAAAUGCACUCUUGUCCUCAAAACCGGUAGUCUUGCCUAUCCGAUCUCCUUUCCACCUUCCCUUCCCGUUCUUUGCAUGUAUUUCAUCUCAUUAUAACGACUGCCAUAUAGAUCUAAAAUAUCAAUUCCAUUCGUUAGUAAAUUAGUGUUGUCUGGGUGAUAAUUCACUAUGUUUGUUAUCUUUUCUUCUUUUAUUUAAACACUACACAAAUAUGUAUUUGUAUAUAAAUGUUUCACUCUAAAAUAUCUAACAUGGCUUGCAACCUUUUAUAUUCUUAUCAAAGAGUGCUGAUAAGUCAAUUAUUCAAAGUCUCUUGAAUAAAUGACCACAGCAAGAUCUGUUGACUAAAAUAGUAUUAAUAGUACAGUUACAUUUUGUACUAAAUGUAACUGUACUAUAAUACUAUUUUAGUCAACAGAUCUUGAUGUGGUCAUUUUCCUUUGGUUCUUUAUGAAUUCAGUGAAGGGUUUCCAUUCUUCUUGAAUUUUCUGUGUAUUUGUUUAUUGUGCAGCUUUGUCCUUUUUGGCCAUUUUAAAACCUUUUGUCAUCCAGUUUUCUGCUGUUGGUAUGUUCUGUUGUUUCCAUAGUUUUGCAUAUUCUGCCCUUGCUUCUGUUGUCACAUAAAUAAAGAUUCUUUCUUGAUGUUUCAAUGUCUGUUUGUCUAAUAACCCCAGUAGAAAAAGUUCUGGUUUUAAUGGGAUUUUGUACUCUAGUACAGUUUCCAUGUCUCUGUGGAUUUUUAUCCAGAAUUCUUUACCUUUUGGGCAAAUCCCAACAUAUCUCGUGUGUGUGUGUAUUUGAGAGUUUUUCUGGAGUUAUGCACCAUCUAUGUAUCAUUUUGUUUAAAUUUAAUUUGAUGGUGUGACUCCUUGUAAAUUUUAGUCAUUUUUUCCAGAGCGCUUCCUAUUCUCGUAGACUUACUGCUCAGCCUAUGCUUUUCACCCACUGAAUCAUAGGUUCUUUUAUUUUUUCAUCAAUUGUAAAAUCUUUCAGAAGAAAUUGAUGCAGCUUCCCAAUUGGCUUGUUUUUUGUCUGUAGCAGUUGGUUCCGCUGAUUCUCCAAUUCUCGUCUAUCCCUUUUGUUGUCUAGACGAAGUCUCUAUUCGAGUCGAUUAUAAUGGAACCACGUCAUUGUUGAGUCUUCUUUUGGUUGCUCCUGUAGUGCUUUUAAUUUCUGCAGAGUUUCUUUUUCUUAUAGUUGUUUAUAAGGUAGAUAUUUUCUCCUAGGUGUUCUUAGUUGUGGUUGUGUCAAUUUAAUGGUAAAAAAUUAUUUUGUAUUUAUUCCAUGCUGUCAUCAAUAAAUUUCUUAUUUGAUGUUUCUUAAAACUGGAGUCUGAUUUCAUUGUAUCAUAAACCAGAUAUGCAUGCCAGAUAUGCAGUAUUUUAGAUCAGUCCCUUACAUUGGAAGUAGUCUUUCAUUUUUAGAACGAUCCUCUCUUUUGUCCACGUCCAAGCUGCUGAAUCACAGUAUAGUUUCCUAUAUGGUAAUGCCAUUCCUCUAUCGUCUGCAUCUUAUAAAGUUUUAAUUUUUAUUCUGAGUUUUAAUGGUUCCAAAUAAAUUUUGUCAGUUCUUUAUUCCAGACUUCAAAGAGUGCUUCUUCUGACAAAAUUGGUAUUGUCUGAAAUAAAUAUAACAUUUUUGAGAAUACAUUCGUUUUUAUUGUUCAAAUUCUUACCAACAGAGAGAGGUCUAAUAUUCUUCCACCUUUGUGCAUCUUUUUGUAUCUCUUUCCAUACUUUUUCAUAGUUGUUCUUAAAUGAUUCAGUUUCUGUUUGUCAUCUGAAUUUCCAGAUACUCUUACUUUAGUUGUUAUUUCCAUUUUGACUCUUGUUUCAAAGUCUCUUGGUUCUUCUUUCCAAGAAAGGCUAUGGAUCAUCCCGCAUCCGCUGAAGGAAUCCUGGGGGGAGAGUGUGGAUUAGGACUGAAUGAGAGCUCAAUGGAAGGCCGGGUGAAGCCAGAUGGGUUUGAGGCUCCAGAAGCAGAGGCCCAAGGGAAAGGAGGGCUUGGGAAUACAUCAAGGGCCUGUUUCUUAACCCUCCAAGAAAAACCCUCCCAAAGUCUGUUUGUUCAAUUCUGCCUUUCUUUCACAGAGGAUUUUUGGCUGAGAAUUUCGGAGUAGAGCCUGUGGAGGGAUUUCUUUCCCUUGAAAGAAAGAAGAGUAGGAAAGACAUCUUGGAUACGGUUGGGUUCUUCACCAGAGUGGUUCCAACAUGGAGAGACCCAACUCACGUGGGCCUGAAGCAGGACCUGGGGGCAGUGGGGAAUCCUGGGAAAGAACCAGACAUGAGUCCCCGAGUGUGGACCUUGACAGCUCGGACACACAGCGCCAGCGCUUCAGGCAGUCCUCCUACCAAGAGGGUGAAGGACCCAGAGGGGUUUGCAGUCAUCUCCACGAUCUGUGCCGCCAGUGGCUGAAGCCAGAGCAGCACACCAAGGCCGAGGUGCUGGACCUGGUGACCCUGGAGCAGUUCCUGAGCAUCCUGCCCCCAGAGAUGGGGAGCUGGGUCCGAGAGUGUGGGGCAGAGACCUGUUCCCAGGCGGUGGCCCUGGCGGAAGGCUUCCUCCUGAGUCGGGCCGAGGACAAGGAGCAGGAAGGACAGGCCCCUAAUAAUAACUCCAUGGAAGUCCCUGCACCAGAGGAAUCUCCACCAGACACCACCCAGAGUCUCAGGCAGAAGGAGCUCAAGCGGGAAGGAGACGGGGCUGCCGCCUUGCAGGGGGAUCGGGCCCCUUAAGGAGAGAACCGAUCCGGUCCUGAGGGAACGGACCUUGGCGGAGCCGAUAAGAGAAUAUGAGCCGCAAUACAACCUGGAGCCAAAAUGAAGAAGGUCCGCCAAAGAUGAAGGAAAAUCCGCCAAGGAGUCUUUAUUGAGCGAUUCAGCUGAAAAGGACACCAGUAGCUAUCAUUCAGUCUACUAGUGUAUCAUAUGUUUCAAAUAAAGCCAUAUUUAUACAAUGUUUCGGUCUGACAGCCCUUUGAAUUUCCCGCCCCGCUCCCCCGCCUAUCUGAUCGCGGAUAGGCUAGAAGGUUGAACGAGGCGGGCUUUCGUUUCCCGCCUU